CGCAAAUCCCAUAUUCGCCCUUUACUGCAAGCAACUACCUCCCAUCAAGUCAAAUGAACAUUUCGUACCAUGUCAUCCGCUUUUACCUCUAGCAAAGUCCGCCGGUCUUUGAAGCAAAAGCUUCUCGGCGUUGCCUACUCGCAUGCUGGUCUUAUUCCUAAGAAAGACCCAAUGCACCCGUCGCUUGCCAAGGUCCGAACAACCUAUGAAAGCAUUCCCAAGGGCUACAUUGUCACCUCCAUUUCGCGAGACCCUUUUACCUACUUUGGACUUUCCAUCCAGGUUGCGGUCCGUCUUCCUGUCUCUGUUACAGCGUCCUACAAAGACGUCAAGGAUUGUUAUGUCCUGGAACAAACUUUGAUUCGCAUCGCGUGGGACGCGGCUCUCUCCAAGCUUGAAAACGGCAAGAGCCCUCGCAAGGCCGUCAAAAACGCCAAGAAGGUGCUUGCCCAAGCCAUUAAAUCUAUCCAGAGCAUUAUUGGAACUGCUGGAUACUUUCGCUUCGCCCAUGUGCACUACAAUAAGAUUGCCACUUAUCAGGCUAUAGUCUGCACCUUCAAGAAACCAUCAGUGGCCGAGCGCUGGGUGGGUAGAUUGGAGAAGAAGCGGGUGGAAUUUAUGAAGUCUCUGGAGUGCGCUUCGGGAGCUCUUGCGAGGGAUCAGUGGACCAGGGAACAAAAGGAAAUUUCAAGCAAGUUGAUUGCUUACCACAAGAUGGAAAACAGACUUUUCAGAUGGUGAAGAAGGAUAACGUGAGAGGCUAACACAAAGAAUGGUGUUGAAAUUAUAAUUUUUUAUAAUUUACUCGUGAUAAUAAUAAUGCAAUGAUUUGAU